UCGGGGAGAGCCGACAGCGCGUUCCAUAAGAAUGCGGUGGAGGUCAGAGGUCAGGUGUAAGAGGAGAGAAUUGCAUUUGUGGGUUCAGGCCUCCAAAUGUGGAUUCUAAUCGUAAACAGUUGAUGGUUUUAAUUUAACCGUCGGUCACGUCAUUUAGCCUAGUUACACCCCAUUCUGUGGCGAGUAAUUUUUCAUGAGCGGUGAAUACUUUUCCUCCGGAUCCUGGCAACGAAGAUGCCUGGUCGAUUUGUUCCAGCCCGGUCACGUUGUGAAGAUUUGUGCCCCUAUGGUACGAUAUUCAAAGUUGGCAUUUCGAUCACUUGUCAGAAAGUAUGACUGUGAGCUGUGUUUUACCCCAAUGAUCGUUGCGUCUGCCUUCCUGAGAUCCGGCAAGGCCAGAGAUAGUGAAUUUACAACAAAUUGUGUUGAUCAUCCUCUGGUUGUGCAGUUUGCUGCUAAUCGAUCGCAAGAUCUAGCUGAUGCUGCUUGUAUAGUUUCUCCGUUUGCAGAUGGUGUUGAUUUGAAUUGUGGUUGUCCACAAAGGUGGGCAAUAGCAGAAGGAUAUGGUGCUUGCCUAAUAAAUAAACCAGAAUUGGUUCAGGACAUGGUGCGUCAGGUCAGGAAUCAAGUGGAACAUCCUAAUUUUUCAGUCUCAAUUAAGAUAAGAAUACACAAAGAUCUAGCAAGAACAGUAGAUCUCUGUCGAAAGGUUGAAGCGACUGGAAUCUCUUGGAUAACUGUCCAUGGCAGAACAAUAGAAGAACGACAUCAACCAGUGCACUAUGAUACAAUCAAGAUUAUUAAGGAAAAUUUAAAUAUACCAGUAAUAGCAAAUGGAGAUAUAAGGAGUCAUAAAGAUAUUGAUUCUGUGCAUCAGUUGACCGGAGUUGAUGGUGUAAUGGCUGCACGAGGCCUUUUAGCAAAUCCUGCUAUGUUUGCCGGAUAUGAAGAAACCCCUUUACAGUGUGUUCGGGACUGGGUAGACAUUGCUUUGGAACAUGGAACACCAUACACUUGUUUUCAUCACCAUUUGAUGUAUAUGUUGGAAAGAAUAACUUCAAAACAAGAGAAGAAAAUCUUUAAUGCGUUAUCAAGUAUGUCAGCUGUUCUCGAUUAUCUCUGUGACAAUUAUGGUUUAUGAGAUCAUGUUUUUUUUAAUAAAAUGUCUGCUAAGCUGCACAUUUUACAAGAUUUUAAAAGAUUUGAUAGAAAAUCACUUGCUGGGACCUAGUAAACAAACCUUGAGCAGAAAACAAGUUUAGAUGACCUUUUGACCUAGUACCUAGAAUUCCUGUGGUAACAAAGAAGUUACUAACUACAAAUGUGUUAUUACAGGUACAUUUCGAAUCAGCUAGGGUUGUAAGGUAGCUGUUUACCUUCUCAGUAGUUUUAACAUCAACAGACUCUUAAGUAGCAUUGAGGACUUCAGUCUUUCACGCUAUUUUAAUGACAAAUCCGCAGAUUCUUAUUAAAUAAAAUUUUGUAUUUUGCCAUUAGUUUUAAUUAUGUAAAAAUAAGUUCAGUUCCCCAGGCUCAUAGAUAGAGACACUUGCACUGCACCACAAGAACCCUUUCGCUGUAUUUUUGAUGGGUUUCUCACAAUGCAACACAAGUUGUCAAACAAGGGGAAUAGAGCUUGUUAAAUGCCUUAUUCAUGAUCAACUCGCUUCGUUAAUAUUCAGCUUCCAAUCUUACCAAAUAGCCAAACAAGACUGACAUCAGAAAAUCUUGAUGUGCAAAUCUGAGCAGAUACCUGGUGAUUUUGCUCAUUGUUUGUGCAGAAACCUCCAUUGAUAGAUACUGACACCAACGUUAUGGGUUCUGGCCAUAUGUACCCCAUUAAGCAUCUGACAUGAGAACCUCGGGAUGCAGUGACAACUAUCACCAAAUCAAGAACACUGUGCGCUUAGGGACAGACACCCAGCUCAGGGACUGGAACUUGUGUACCACCCCAAAGUAAGGUCCCCUGUCACAAGCAGGAUGCCAAUUUCCCCUAUCUGCCACGUCCAGGGGAAAUGUCAGAAACCAUGCACAGCAGGUCAAGAUUGACCGUGCUUAUCUGGGUUCACAACAACCAUUCAAGAUGGUGCAGGUGAAAGGGUUGAUGGAUAUCUGGUGAAUGGCUAUUUCUGGGAAUGGCACAUGUUAAGAUGGGGAUAGAAUCACACACAAGAAUAAGGUGAAUCAGUGCAGCUUAUACUUCGCCAAAAGUUCUAUGAUACGGUUUCUUGUCUAAAAAUUCAGAAUUUUAAAAUAAGUGUAUCUUGUAUUUCUUUACAAGUGAGACUGUACGCUUUGAAAAGAUUUCUAUUUAAAAGUUGCUAAAAUACCCCACCGACCCAGCAUUUCUGAUCAGCAUUAAUGCUGCUAUUCUGAUGAACUAAACACCUAAAAUAACUACCUCCAUUCAUGAGAUCAAUGGAAUAGAAAUUCAUUAUGCUGAAUAGAGAUAAUUCUGUGCAUAAAAUCUGUUUCCAAAGGGUCUUGAGCUUUUUUACAUCAUGAAUAUAAUGCAGUGGGCUAACUGCCAUAUUUAUGUCUAGAAACACCCUAUUAUUCCAGCGAGGCGUCACACUCCAUCACGUGUGAUAGAAGGUAACUAACCUUUAAAUUUGUAUUUAGUAUAUGAAAAAAAACGGUCAGUGCACGGUCAUUUAACGUAGAUUAAAAUCCUAAGAUAUUUCGUAGAAGAAAGAAAUAAGCAAACCUUAGUGACAAUACACAAUCAGUGUCACAUGUACUUUUGAGACUCUCAAAGUGUUAGGAGCUGAGGAGCAGAGUAGUUUUUGAAGUGGUUGUAUUAUGUUGGCAGUUGGUGAUUGGAUUUGUUAUUGCAUUACAAUUAAAUUGUUUUUACAUUUUAAUACAAUAUUGUGAAAGUAAGGGAGACUUAGUGGUAUUAUUACUGAACUAUUAAUGUAGGGACCCGGGUUCAAAUUCUGCGUGGAAAUCUGGAAUUCAUAGUCUAGUGAUGACCAUGAAACUGUUGUCAAUUGUCAGGAAAAUCCCAUCUGGUUCACUAAUGUCCUUUUAAGGAAGGAAAUCUGCCAUCCUUAGCUGGUCUGGCCUGCAUGUGACCCAGGCCCACAGCAAUGUGAUUGAUUCUCAAGUCAUCUCCCAGCAACUUAGCCCACAUCCUGGGAGUGAAUAUAAACAUUAUUUUUAAAAUGAAUGUAAUAUUUCAACCAAAGGAUUUUAAAGGGAGUAUUUUCUUCUACUUGUAUUUGUUUUAAAUUUAUUAACCAUUGGUCAGAAUUUUCAUUGAUUAUGUACACAGACAUACACAGGCAGUUUUUUUUAUUUGCACAUAUAUUGGAAAAUUUGGUUACUAGCUUUAAAUGUUUGUGAUUGCUUCACAGUAAGAGCUUCAGGCUGUGUUCUGUUCAUUAUUGAAACAAAAUUCCAGUUCUGUACAAAUGGAAAAUUACAGGUCCAAUUUUAUUCACCUCAGCAGUAUUGGAACAAUGAGACAAUUUUUUGAAAACAAACUGCACAACUUUAACCUAAGUAUGUCACAUUUUAACAUUGCAGAGAAAUGCUCUAUUCUGUAUAUUGAAUAAGAAGUAACAAUUGCCCAGUAACUCCAUUUUAAUUCACCUCCCCACUCUCACUCCAGCCUCUCUGUACUAAAUAUCCUUCAAAGUUUUGAUGACACUCAAUUUAAUCCCAAAUCAGAACUCCUCCUAUUUCAACAAAGCACAUUACAUGCUUGUGAAUUGACAAUGACUUCAAUAAUUUUAAACCAUUGCACUGCUUAUUUUUAAUUAGAUAGCAGAUAUCUUUUACAGAUCUUAUUGAUCUGCCUUUGGUUCCUUCAAUUGUCCCAUUAUGACUUUCUUUAAUGUGCACUGUCAUUCCAUUUGUAAUUUAGUUAUUCGUGUCUUCCACCUUUUAUCACAGACCAUUCCUUCUGCCAUUUUUCUUACCUUGCUUUCUCCCCAGUUUCUUUCCUGAACUCUGUACUUAAUUAGAACCUGUUAUAUUCAACUUUGUCAAAUUUCUUGGAAGGUUAAAGACCUGAAACAUUUAGUGCUGUUGAUGAUUAAAAUGUUGACCCUGGCUACAGAUGCUGCCUCAUCUGAGCAUUUCUGGCAUUCUGUGCUUUUUAUAUCAAAUUCCAGCAUCUGCAGUCCUUGCUGUUUUGCCCAAUAUUUCCAUUGGUCGUCCAAUGGAUGAUUAAGUAAAACACCAUUUCAGUCAACUUUGUAUGAAUACUUAUUUUUAGGAUGAAACACUUCUGAACUUUACUGAAGUAGAAGAGUGAAAUAAUUUUUAAUUGUUUUAUUACAUGUUUGCACAUUAACUUUGUUCACUAUGUUUUAUGAAAUUGUGAUAUUUUUCUACUUUCCUUGCCUUUUCCCAAAGUUUAGAAUGACCUAAAGAAAAAGAAGCAAUGGUUUUUGGAACUCAGUGGUGUCAUAAGUUAGACAUUACCUUUUCAAAUCUAGCUAGCAACCCAAACUGACAAGAUAAUUUUCCUCUGGCAGGUGGCUGUAGAAAUUAAAAUAAACUAAUUUCACUAGUUUUAUUCUAGUUUCUACUGGGCAGAAGUAAUGUAACAUUGCUACUGCCUCCAGUCAGGCAAAGGAUGGUUGGUGUGGAAGAUGGAGAAAAAAUCCCAGACUGAUGCAAUGGAGAGUGCCCUUUUGAGCUACAUUGUUGGGGAAUGGUCGGAGAGAGCUUUGCUCUGUGCCUGAUUUGUUAUGCCUGACUUGCCAAUACAUAAUGUUAACCCUGGUUAUCUGGAUUGGAGGAUGCUCCAUUCCCCAGCAUCAAUCUGCACAAAACAUUUUUAUGCAUAUGUGAAGCGUUGCCAGACUCGCAAUAUUAACUCUGCUUUCAUCCCGCAGAUGCUGCCAGACCUGCUGAGUUUCAUCAACAAUUUCUGUUUUUGUUUCAGAUCUCCAGUAUCUGCAUUUGUUUCUUUUUUUUUUGAAUAUCACUUUUCUUAACUAAACAUUGAUACUCCAAUGAAAACAUUGACAUUUAUCUCAAUGUGGAAAGACCUGCAUUUUACAAUAAAAUAGACAGUGUAUGGGCCUGAAUUAUAAACCCAAACCUGAAAUUGUUGUCUUCCAUUAUUAAUGAUUUCUUCCUUAGAAUAACAGAAUGCUUUUUAUAGUGGUAAAUACCACUACUUUGAGGAUUGCAGAAAAUAGGAGAUUGGCUGUGAUAGUUGGUAAUUCAACUGGACAAUAAAUACAGGUCCAGAGAGCCAUGGAGGUUAACUUACUGUGUGCUAUAAUGUGAAAAUUAUUGUGUUUAACACUGCCACAGUUUAGUAGCUUGUAUUACCUGUAACAAGUUUGGGGCUAUUCUUGUCAGUUACAUUUUAGUUGAUACUUUAGAUGUUGUAACUUGUAAUAAAUUAU